UUCUCAAAAAACAAGCUACACACAUUAACGUUCUGUGGUGGUUGCUGCCUUUCAUUGAAACUGAACAAGUGAUAAGUAGUUCGCGGUUACUCCAAAACAAGGACCCGUCGCGCGCAGUUAACUAUCGGUAAAGUUGAUAUUUGUAGGGAUUCGCCGCUUGCUUCAACAAAAUAGACACACUCUUAAUGUUCAUUCCUACUAUUCCUUUUUCAGGAUACCAGGUUAACCAAAGUUUCGUCUUGUAAGCUCUUGUGGUAUACAGUACCCGUAUACCGCCCCGUUUCGCCAUCCGCCCUCUCUACUUAUACUACUUUUCCAACAAAACACUCUUACUUCAACAGAUCCAGUGGGAACGAGCAAGUAAAUCAGCAGGAUGGGCGCAGAUAGACUAUUUUGCUGAGGUGUUUCCGUUAGCUGCAGCAGUCAGUCACAUGAGAGGUCAAAAAUCAGGUCUGUAGACUAUAACUUCAACAUAGCUUCUACACCCUGUUUCAACGCUUUCAUUCACGAUCUGUUUUUAAUAAAGUGUCCCCGUAUGGAUCGUCUUCGUCUCAACUUUUAAAAAGCAAUUUAAGUGAAAGUAAUGAACUGCGAGUUAAUAGAUGUUGUAACCGGUUAAACAACAGAUAACCCAGACGUUAGGAGGCAAAUUUGGUUGCUAAGGAUCCUGGAAAGUGGACUUUUACUGCCUGAAGUAAAAAACACUACAUUAAACCAUAUUUGUGUAGUGAACGUAAAGUAAUGUCGAAGGAGACCGGAGAAUCUGCAACCUACAAAACAACUGCAAAGAAGCAGCUGCGCUUUAAGGAGAGCGUUGAAAUCAACAGAGCGAGCAGCCAACAGGAUGACAGUUUCGUUGGUUCCUUUGAGCAUCAGAAACUCCUGCUGGCUGCAGCAUAUGUGUCUGAUGCCCAGUUUAGUAGAAACAUUCCAUUUGAGACAUCCCCUCAUGCAGUCAGAUUAUAUUAUUUAUACAACCACUGGAUGACACAGGCAGUCACAUACUUUUUCAUCAUUUUGAAUCUUGCACUUGCUGUGUUUGAAGACCCAGCAGUCUACGCCUUGCCAGUCUGGGCUACUUCAAUAGUGGAGGCUGCUUGUUUGCUGGCAUUCACAGGAAGACUUGUGCACUUUGCAAAAGUAACUCCGAAAGACAGAUUUUGGAAAGAUAGGAAGAAUAUAUGUGUCGUGGUUGCAAUAUUAGCAGUACUGGUAGAUUUAAUAAUAUAUGGAACUAUGCACACCCUUGGACAUAGUGGAGUACGAUAUUCAAGAAUACUGAGGCCAAUCUUUCUUGUCAACUUUGCCGAAAGUCGACAGAUACGGAGAGCCUUCCGAAGUAUUAGAAAUACGUUGCCUGAGAUUAUGUACGUUUUCCUGUUAUUUAUGUUUACUGUACUGAUGUUUUCUCUACUGGGAAUGAAGCUGUUUAAAAAAAGGAAUCUCGUAACAAUUGAUGGAAAGCAGUACUUUAAGGACUACCUUGAUGCCCUUUUCGAUAUGUAUGUCUUGGUAACCACAGCAAACAGCCCUGAUGUCAUGAUGCCUGCUUAUGAUAUAAAUGGAUGGUAUUCUAUUUUUUUUCUCGUGUACAUUAUAAUCAACACCUACAUCUUUAUGUCUGUCUUCUUGGCUGUUGUCUAUAACAAUUACAGAAAGCAACUUAAGAAUGAAAUAAAGAAGCUCGUUUACAUGAAGCGCCAUAAGAUGACACAAGCUUUUCACAUCUUGAAGGUAGAAGAGGGAACAAAGUCUGUAAUUAAAAAUUCCCAUUGGAGAGAGCUGAUGAAUGUGGUAGCACCAGACAUUAGCUGUUCACAUCGAGAGCUCCUGUUGAGAAUACUGGAUGAAGAGCAAAAGGGAUAUAUGGUUAAAGAGUCCUUUCUUCGUAUGGCUGACCUUUUAAACAUCAAGGUUAUCACAAUGAAAUCUCGUAUUCAUUCUCUGGAACUGUGGAUACCUCGCAUAUAUAAUUCAUCAGGAAGUCUACUGAUCCGUAGGAUAGUUCAGCAUAAAGGAUUUGUUUACUGCUUUGAUGUCAUCAUCUUCAUUAAUGCAAUAUUUAUUGGGAUGGAAGACGAAUAUGUGCUGAUUUCGUAUGUCGAAUGGGGAUUUCUUGCUUUAUAUAUUACAGAAAUAUUGUUAAAGCUGUACACCUAUGACCCCCGGACAUUUUUUGCCAGAACUCAGUUUUGGAACUGGUUUGACACCUUAGUCAUCAUUGCAGCUUUAUUAGCUACAGUAGUCAAUGCUACACUCAAAUCAUUGAGUCAGUAUAACAGUCAGGAGGUGUUGGACAUUGUCUUUAUAUUACGAGUCCUCAGACUGAUAAGGAUUGUUGACAGCAUACAAAGGUUCCGUGUAAUCAUCAAUACUUUGCUAAACAUCAUGCCUACUAUGCUGACAUUUGCAGGAUUGUUAUUCGUGGUCUAUUAUGUCUUUGCUAUAUUUGGAAUGGAAGUGUUUAAGGAUCGAAUCCAUUUUUAUGGCCCAAACAGUACUGACCCAGCAGCCAAGUAUUGUGGAAGCACUGCUCUGAAUAAUUCUGUGUUUGCUAACCUUGGAUACUGUAAGAAUAACUUCAAUAACAUCAUCUCUUCAUUCAUUGUCCUGGUGGAAUUAACAGUUGUUAAUCAGUGGCAUGUUAUUACCAUUGGUUUUGAAAUGGUUACUCAUCCUGCUUCAAGGAUCUACUUCUUUGUCUUUCAUAUUGUGGUUGUGAUUUUGAUUAUCAACAUUUUCAUAGCAUUUAUCUUGGAAGCAUUCUUUGUGGAAUAUUCAUUGGACAGAAGUGAAGUAGAAACUACCAUUGAGAAAAAAAUCCAAGAACAAGGAGUUGGAAUACCUGAGGAGGAGUUAACAAAAGGAAGUCUGGUAGAAGAUAUGGAAACAAGCGAAAAUGACCUUGCCAAUACGGAUGAACCAGGAAUACGACCGCGGGGACUGAAGUUCAGAAUAGCCUCCAAAAGAUACAAAACAGUAGAUGCGUUACUCCAACAUAUGUUUGAAUCUGAGCUAGAUCCAGAAGACGAUGGACCACCACUUGACACCAUUUUGGAAAUGUCUGAUGAGGACAUAUAUAUUUCAAAUCCAACAUUUGACAGUGCUGCAUAACAGGCUGAUCCUGAAAGAAUGUGACUGUGCAGUGAUGUAGUGUAUCAUUCCUGUUUUCUGUCAAGAGGUGCUGACGUACUUCUCACAGCUGCAGUGUACUGGUAGAUUGUAGCCCUUUCAACAUGCCUCAUUUGCCAAGUUUUUACUUAGAGGUUACAUGAUCAUGCUGAUUGUAACUUGAAAUUCCAAGCCAGUGCAUACUUUUUCUAUAUUAAUACCAUGGAGUGGCAAUGACAUAACUCUUGUCUCAUAAGGGAAAGUAAUAAAUACUGCUGAACACUGUA